AUGAGGAGAAAAGGAUUAAUAACUGGCAUCACCGUCAAUGAUAGCAACCCCGUAAUAGACCGCCUUCAAUGGGAUGACAAAAUUAAGAAAAAAAGGAAGAAGCCAAAAGGAUUAACCGCGCGGCGCACCCCAGGCGCCAAGGAUCUCUCGGACGAUUGCGUGUUCGAGGAACAUAUAGAGGAGAAUAACUACAACACGUAUUCGAGGAUACGUGCCGGUAAGAAGACGUUCCUGGCGCUAGACAACCGGGGGAAGGCGCGCCGAACGCAGAUACCAGUGAGCAGACCUCUGGGCAACCUCUCCGGAUAUGCCCUCACGCUCACUAAGCGCUGGGAGGGACCCAAACACUCCCAGUGCCCUCCCCGACGGCACCGCGGCAAACUGAAACGACCGCCGCCUUUUCACAGGAACUGCCAGCGCCGCGUCGCGAAACAAAACAUGCGGAAACGGAAGCACAAAAAAGCGAACGACCCGAAAAAAAAACGGCAUCCGAAAGCGCGGAGAAAACACGACAGCACGACGAGCACGACGGAGAUGAGCUGGGACGAAUCGACGAUGUCCACUAUGUCGACGACUGAUGAGUUUUUUCGGUCGGCGACCGGUCGCGCGUGA